AUGGCAAGUGAUAGUUCAAGUGCGUUGAACACAAAUUCAACGGUGUGGGAGGGUAUAUGGCACGCAGAGGCAUCUUCAAGGUGCAAGAAACUCGUGUGGCGCGCGUGCAGUGAGGGACUACCCGUGAGAUCUUUGUUGUUACAAAAGGGCAUCAUCAAAGGGGACGACACGUGUCCCUGCUGCCGCACGUGCAAAGAAACAACCACACACGCUUUGUUGCUAUGUGAGGAGGUUAAACCCUUUUGGUUGGGGUCUCCAUUGGGGCUUAGAGUCGACUGGUUGCACAAUGUGGCUAAUAUCACUAUGUCACAAUGGGUUGAUCAAUGUUUGGAUGUUUUGGAUAAAAGAGGAAUGGGUAUGUUAUGUGCCAUGGUGUGGGGUUUGUGGCACAAACGCAAUGCUUGGGUUAUAAGAAAGAAGAAAUUGGAUUUCGCACAAGUUAUGGCCAAGGCCUUGUCUGUGUUUGCUACUCAAGAGUGGGUCCCACCUUUAGAUUCCAAAGUUAAGGUCAAUUUUGCUGUUUCUGCGAUAGAGGAUGUUGGGACUGGAUUCGGAGUGAUUUUUAGAAACUCUAAAGCUGAAACUAUGGCAUCAGGUACAUAUUUUCUGAAGGAUGAGUGUUAUGAUUCCGAAAUUGCUGCGACAGUAUGCUAUAAGUGGGCCAUAGAGAAAUCACAGGAACUCUUUUUCAUUGAUGCUAAUUUCGAAACUGAUUGCCAACAGUUAUACAAUCAGUGGAACGAAUUCACACAGGAAAACAACACUAGUUCUGCUUCUUACCUUGAUGAACUUCUAGAAGAAUGCAGAACAAUGAUGCAGGGUACAGAAGCAUCUCUCACAUUGGUGGCUCACACAGCCAAUAAAGUGGCACAGUGUUUAGCCAGAUUGGCUUUUGAUUAUGGUGAGAAAGAUUGGAUUGAUGAGGUGCCGAAUAAGGCAUUAGAAUCUUUACAAUCUGAUCUUGCAGCAAUUGCUGAUGCUUCUGCUGAUCGAUCAAUAAAUGUGAAUAUUGUUUUGCAGGACUAG